AGGAUCCGCCAGAAUUGUGCAGUCGAGACGACAACUUCUGUGUCUGUUUCAAAUAUAUUACUACUGAUUAAGUCUGAGGCCGGUAACAUCAACAGUCAGGACAAACCCAGCCUGCCUCUCUCCUUCCACACUGAGUCCAAACCUACAGUCACUGGGUCCUGAUUGUGACAGUGGAGCCCAGUUUGCACUGCAGGAUCCAGAGAUGGCAUCAGUGAAGCUGGAAGACUGCAGUCAAACACUGGAGCUGAAUGUCAACAUUAAAGAUGAAGAAGAGGAGGAGAAGAUUGGGACAUCAGUUUCUCAUGCUAUGAGGCCGGUAACAUCAACAAUGAGGACAAACCCAGCCUGCCUCUCUCCUUCCACACUGAGUCCAAACCUACAGUCACGGGGUCCUGAUUGUGACAGUGGAGCCCAGUUUGCACUGCAGGAUCCAGAGAUGGCAUCAGUGAAGCUGGAAGACUGCAGUCAAACACUGGAGCUGAAUGUCAACAUUAAAGAUGAAGAAGAAGAGGAGGAGAAGAUUGGGACAUCUGUUUCUCAUGGACGACUAGAAUUAAGUUUGAGGCCGGUAACAUCAACAGUGAGGACAAACCCAGCCUGCCUCGCUCGUGCUACACUAUGUCCAAACCUACAUUCACUGGGUCCUGAUUGUGACAGUGGAGCCCAGUUUGCACUGCAGGAUCCAGAGAUGGCAUCAGUGAAGCUGGAAGACUGCAGUCAAACACUGGAGUUGAAUGUCAACAUUAAAGAUGAAGAAGUGGAGGAGAAGAUUGGGAAACCUGUUUCUCAUGGAGACCAUGUUGAGACAUCCUCUACAUCCAGAGAGCAACAGCAGGAAGAUCACAGAGCUAAGAGGUCUCACCACUGCCCACAUUGUGAGGAGAUUUUCCCAUUUCUAUCAAAGCUAAAAAUACACCUCAAAAUACACACAGGAGAGAAUCGGUAUUCCUAUACUGACGGUGGGAAGAAUUUCACCACAUCCAAGGCUCUGACAGUUCAUCAGAGAGUGCACACAGGAGAGAAGCUUUUCUCCUGCUCUGACUGUGUAAAAUGCUUCACAACAUCAACUAGGCUAAAAGUUCAUCAGAGAACACACACAGGAGAGAAGCCUUACUCCUGCUCUGACUGUGGAAAGAGUUUCUCUCUACUGGGCCACUUAAAAAGACACCAACAUGUACAUACGGGAGAGAAGCCUUACUCCUGCUCUGACUGUGGAAAGAGUUUCUCUCGACUGGGCCACUUAAAAACACAUAAACAUAUGCAUACAGGAGAGAAGCCUUACUCCUGCUCUGACUGUGUAAAAUGCUUCACAACAUCAACUGAGCUAAAAGUUCAUCAAAGAACACACACAGGAGAGAAGCCUUACUCCUGCUCUGAUUGUGUAAAAUGCUUCGCAACAUCAACUAGGCUAAAAGUCCAUCAGAGAACACACACAGGAGAGAAGCCUUACAUCUGCUCUGACUGUGCAGCGAGUUUCUCUAUACUCUGCCACUUAAAACGACAUGAAACUAUACACACAGGAGAGAAGCCUUACUCCUGCUCUGACUGUGCGGCAAGUUUCUCUCUACUGUGCAACUUAAAACGACAUGAACGUAAACACACAGGAGAGAAACCUUAUCACUGCACUGACUGUGAGAAGAGAUUCUACAGAUUGGGCCAUUUAAAAAGACACCAAUGUAUACAUAAAGGAGAGACGUUUUCUCAGACCAGCUAAGAUUAGACACUCCACUUAAUUCUCAUGUCAUUAAAUAAUUGGCAACGUUGAAUUGAAUCAAAUGAAGAAAGCGUAGAACACUCCAUUGUUAUCCUAUUGUUUCUCACUGUGCAGAGGGAAUGGAGCGUUAUAGAAUGUUAGCCUCUCUUACUGAUCAGUGUGCACCUGGUCAGUUUUGGUGAGUGUUGUUAGCUUCUACUGUAAAGAUAUUGAGAUGACGUUGGAUUUGCCCUUAAGGUUUAAUAUCCUCUGUGAGGCGUCUCACUAUGGAUUCUGAUGGUUGACUGGGUGGUACUGCUUCCCUCUGCAGUUUUCUGUGGGAAUGAGCUGGUAGACAACAUGUACAGAGUGUACAAAACAUUAAGGACACCUGUUCUUUCCAUGACAUAGACUGACCAGCUGAACCCAGGUGAAAGCUCUGAUCCUUAAUGAUGUAGUUAUGUGUAUUUAUUAUAGAUCCUCAUUACCUUUCAACAAAACAAAAACUGCGGUUGCAGUGGGCUAAGGAAUGAAAACACUGGAUAACUGGGAACAUAUUGCCUGGUCUGAUGAAUCCCCGGUUCCUGCUGUUUCACGCUGAUGGGAGGACUAUGGUUUGCCGGAAACCACGAGUACAUGCAUCCAGUGGUGGAAAAAUUACCUGUCAUACUUAAGUAAAAGUAAUGAUACCUUAAUAGAAAAUUUCUCAAGUAAAGUGAGUCACCCAUUAAAAUACUACUUGAGAAAUAUUUGGUUGUAAAUAUACUUAUGUAUCAAAAGUAAAAGUAUUAAUAAUUUCAAAUUCCUUAAAUUAAGCAAACCAGACGGCACAAUUGUCUUCAAAAAGAUAUAUAUUACGGACAGCCAGGGGCUCACUCCAACACUCAGACAUAAUUUACAAACAGAGCAUUUGUGUUUAGUCAGUCCGCCAGAUCCAAGGCAGUAGGGGAGGACCAGGGAUGUUGCCUUGAGAAGUGUGUGAAUUGGACCAUUUUCUGUCCUGCUAAUCAUAAAAAAUGUAAGGGGUACUUUUGGGUGUCAGGGAAAAUGUAUGGAGUAAAAAGUACAUUUUCUUUAGGAAUGUAGUGAAAUAAAAGUUGUCAACAAUAUAAAUAGUAAAGUACAGAUACUACUAAAGUAGUUUAAAUAAUUUUUACUUCAUUACUUUACACCACUAUAUGCAUCCAUGCCGUGUGUCAGCAUUGCAGGCUGGUGGUGUGAUGGUUGGGGUGUGUUUUCAGGGCCCACAUUGGGCCCCUUGAUAAAAGAUGAACAAUGUUUGAAUGCUACAGGAUGUCUAAAUAAUCAUUGCCAAUCAGGUGCAUCCCUUCACGGCAGCAGUGUAUCCAUCUGCAAAUAGAUUUCUUCAGCAGGAUUAUGCCCCAUGCCACAAGGCUUGUCCAGGAAUGGUUCCAAGAACAUGACAGUGAAUUCAGCUUACUGCAGUGGCCUGCCGAGUCACCAGAUCUCAAUCCAAUUGUGCAUCUGUGGGAGGAGAUGGUACAAGCUAUUCAGAGUAGAGAUCCACUCCCAGCCAACUUGCCACCGUUGUGGGAAGCAUUGGGCCAGAAUCCCUGUGGAACACUCAACACCUUGGACAGUCUAUGCACCGAUGAAUUGAGGCUGUUCUGAGGACAAAGGGGGGCUGCAACUCAAUAUUAGGAAGGUGUUCCUAAUGUUUUGUACACAGUGCAUAUCAGAUAAAGAUGGUGGUGAUGAUGAAUGUAUUUGAAUAACUGUAUUGAAGUUAAUUGAUCUGGUGGCAGGUAGCCUAGAGGUUAACAGUGUUGGGCCAGUAACUGAAAGGUUGCUGGUUUGAAUCCUGAGCCGACUAGGUGAAAAAUCUGUCAGUGUGCCCUUGAGCAAGGCAAUUAACCCUUAUUUGUCUUGUAAAUCGCUCUGGAUAAGAACAUCUGCUAAAUGACAAGAAUGUAAUGAAAAAUGUUUGUACAUACAUUUUUAUUCUCCUGUGUAUAAUUAAAUGAAAUAAACAGUU